AUGAAUCCACUUGCGCGGCGGGUGGAGCGCAAUAAGGAGGAGGUGCGUAAGCUGUCGCAGAGGGGCGGGAACCGUUUUUGUAUCGACUGCGGGAUGCGGGGCCCCCUCUACGUGGUGUCCAACUUCCACGUCUUCGUCUGCUCAACAUGCGCUGCCCUGCACCGCUCGCAGCAGCACAAAGUGAAGGGCAUCUCCAUGACAGAGUUCACCGACGCGGAGGUUGCCAGCCUCACUGUCGGCGGAAACGACCGGGCGGCACGGGUGUGGCUCGCCAGGUACCAGAAGCAGCGGCCGCGGCAGGGCAACGACCGGGCCGUCAAGGACUUCAUCGUGGCCGCCUUCAACGAUUUAUCGUACGUUGACCGGGAGGAGCUGGAGCGGCUGCAGUGCGACGUGUGCAAGGCGGUGAGCGGCGAGGUACCACCCCGGCUGUCAGGCACGGCGGGGCUGCCCCCGUCCCCGGAAAGCAGCGGGUUGCGCCGGGCCGCGCCGCCACCAUCAGCACCACUUCCAGUAUCGCUAUUGCAGGAGCCCGCAGAAGCAGCCGCAGGCGCCCCUUUGCAAGCACACGCCCCGUCCUCGUCCCUGGAGGCGCGGGAGGCGCACGCCGUGCCGACUCCGCCGGUGGACCUGUUUGGGCCGUCGGUUCCUUUGCAGCCUGCACAGUCGGCUCCCGCUCAUGUCUCAUCGGCGCCAACGGAUGACGACAUGUUUGCAGAUUUUUUAACCGCUGCUGCGCCGCCGCCGUCCGCCGUUGUUAGUGCCUUAGCGGGCUCUUCUUUUACAGCUCAGGCGCCUCUUGCAGACUGGUUCGCCUUUUCCGCCGCCCCCGCACAACUGCCCGCCAACAUGGGCGUUUCCCCAGCCGUCACAGCGGGCCCUCUGCACUACAUGACGCCUCAGCUGUACCCACAGAACACCUCCUCUCAGCUGGGAAUCUCAGAGCGGUUCGGCGUGCAGCAAGGGGGAUAUGUUUUUACGACGCCUAGUAAUGUAACGCAGCUGCAGCCACAACAGUUUCAGUAUGCCGCUUCUAUGGGUCCUCCGGUAGCUCCCAACGUGGUGCCCUACCAAGCACCGAUCGACCAGGCACAGGCACCCUCCGUGGGUGCUGCGGCGCUGACGAAUAUGAACAGUGUGAACUUCUUCCAGGAACCUCCUGCAGACCCGUGGAAAAGUACUGAUUCUCCUGAACCCACGAAAACGGGGCCCACCAACGACAGCAGUGCGUCACACAACGAUGCCUUUGCAGCCUUAGACCCCUUUGGCAGUAAAUGGUAA